AUGGGUAUUUUAAAUAAUACUAAUAAUGAUGAUGAUGAUGAUGAUGAUGAUGAUGAUGAUGAUGAUGAUGAUGAUGAUAAUAAUAAUAAUAAUAAUAGCAUGAAUGAUAUGAUCUUCACAGUGGAUCGGAUCGGAUCGGAUUCAUGCAUCGGAUUCAUGCAUGGAUGGGUUGUUACCCCCAUAGAUGGUGUGAUAUAG